UGUCUCACGCGCGGGGGUCGCGCUGCUGAGUUCCUGCGCUGCUUCUCGGGCCUCAACCCGCCUGCUCGAGGUCUGCCAUGAGCCUGCCGCCGCGGCGACCUCCGUCCUCGGCUAUGAUUGCAAGCUUUUGAAUCUUCUUUCACAUCUCUGAGGAGGAAUUUCUUACUCUAUGGCCACUCGUGAGAUCUCUAUUUUGCUUUAUGUAGGCCCGAUGUGUUUUUCAUGGGGUAUGUGAUAAUCGAAUGUGACCAGUACCAGUUCAUCUACAACUCCAGCCUACCAGUGCAGUGCCGCUUCAACAGAGACUGCUGCUUCGGCAACUGCUGCAUCGUCAACAAGGACCACCGGGAGCUCUGGGAGACCUGGUACUUCUGGUUCGGGGUGACGCUGAUCUUCCUGUUCGUGCUGACGUCCGCCGCGUCGUUCCUGCUGACGUCGUGCAAGCGCAAGCAGCACAACCUGAUCCGCAUCCACAACCUGACCUCGCCGCCCGGCGCGCCCGCCAUCAGCGCCGUCAGCGGGCCCGGGGGCAUCAUCCAGCCGCACUUCGCGCAGAAGGGCGCGCUGCAGGAGCCCGUGCGCGCCACGGCCUUCAUCGGCACGUCAGACCUGCUGGUGGAGGACUUCGCCGGCCCGCUGGAGCCGCCCUACCCCGCCAUGCAGCCAGUGACCAUAGUGCGAGGCAGCGCGCCGCCCGAGGGCUUCCGCCAGACCACCACCUACACGGAGCUGGUGCUGCCCCCGGGCUACGUGGACAUGGAGCACUACAAGCACCCCCUGUAGCCACGUCUCUCUCCACUCCACCUCCGCACUCUUUACACACAUUAUGUAGAGGUGAUCAUUGUUACUUACGUAUGGAUCUCCUGAACACAAGGUAACCUCACUACCACUGAAAUACAUAAAGGUGGAGUUAUAAGAUAUUCAAAACAUUUAAGUCACUAAAUUCUAGGGUUGGUGGGGAACAAAACAUAAAUAGGUGUGAGGCCACAUCAUGUUUGACGAGCAGGGGUGGAUCCAGAGCCAAGCAAGGCCUCGCGCCACCCUUUAUUACGGGUCAAAAUAAAUUAAGAAAACUCCAGUCAAAAUUUUAAGUUCAAAGUUGAUUGAAAACAUGUUGCUUCAAAGAGGUUUUUUUUUUUCUAAUUUCCGGGGGCACCUUCACUUCCGGAGGCAAUUCUCUACCCCACAGGCCUCCCGGCAAGGCUGUUCUCCAAAAUAUCAUGGCCCAUGAAAGUAAUUGGCUCAGGGCUCAGAGGCAUACGAAAGGGAAAAGAGAGAGGGCAUAUGCCCCCCCCCCCCAUAAUUCCUAAAAACAAAUAUCAUUCCCAUCAGCAAAUGGAAACAUUUGGAAAACUGGUAGUAGGUAAAGUGGUUCUACCCCUGUUCACCAAAUGUAAUCAUGUGUAUGCUCUUGCCAGGGCCUCGCCAAGUCCAGGGCCGCAACUGGUUGCAAGUGAAACAUGCAAAUAGAAGUAUGAGGUAAGGGUGUGUGCAAGUAUGUGUGUGAACAAGUAUGCAAGUGAUUUAGAAUGCGAGUACGCAAGUAUGUGAGUAUGCAAAUAUACAAGUGUGAUGUAAUGGUAACUUAAUGCCAUCAAAUUCCCACGCUUCAGCCCCCUACACACUUUCGUUAAGCUCUGAUGAUGUCAUCGCCUCGACCUAACCAACAGGCUGCACGGAAAUUUCACUAAAACGAAAACUCACUUAAGUUCACAAACUAUAAGAUCUACUAAUUUUGUAGUGUAGGUACUCUUCCGUGGCAAUAUCCUAGAAUAGUAUUUAUUAGUAAAACUUGUCAUGAAAAACUUUGUUGAUUAGUUUAAUUGUAGCUUUUUUAACUAAACUAUCUUACUCGUUCACACCACACAAAAAAAAUGAAGGUAGCAUAACAUAAUAUUCACUGGAUUUAACUGGGCCCAUAACUUGAUACAAUUGUGUUGGGCUUAGAAGGGCCAUUUUGAAAUAAGUACUCACCACAUUCAUACAGGCGUGCUUUAUUUUUCAUCCUGUCGUUGCUUGUUUCUUUCCUCGGACGGAUCACAGGCUCUCUGGGUGUUCUGAGGAGUCCCAGAGAUGUGGCAGGUUCAGAUAUGCGCCCUGAGUGCUCACUGGAGGGGCUUGCCUUUGGGUCACUGCGGGUUGUUGUAUGAGCUGAGAGAGCUGCGGUGGUGUCGAUUCUGGGAUGGGUUCCCUCAUAUCAUCACAGCCCUUCCCCAAACAUACUGUGUACCGCGCUGAACUGGCAUACACACUCCCCUCGCCGUAUGGGGUCCUGUCAAUCCGGUGCUACCCAUUCCAGGGUGUAUAUACUCGACCUGCAAGGGACAAUAUUAGUGUGUAAUAAAUUCUGCACAGUUUGACAACGUAACGGACAUUUCGACGAAAAACAACUAUUUUACUGGAUGCGAAAAAGUUUCAUUUGAAAACUUACACUUAUUAACUUGAAUGAUGAGAUUAAUUAUUAAAAUACACAAUAAAUGUUCACGAUUGUAACAAACAUGGUAACGAAAAACAAAAUUUGUCUUGCUCUCUACAUUAUUCUUUGGUCCCCCUCCACCCCCUGCCAUAAUUUUGAGAGCUUUCUAUUAAAACCCUGCACCAUCGAGCAAUCUCCACAUUACCUCCGAUACCUCUACUCACUUCCGUUGCCCAGUAAUGAUGGCAUCGCUAAACUUACUCUAUUGGUUGUAAAAUGUUUUUCCUUCAAAAAUAUUUUUUAUCACCUGCUAUUUUUUAAAAAUUGUUUAUGGUUGCUCUUUUUUAGUGUUCAUAUGCUUAGCACAGUUAUUUAUUAAUACCUACGAUAAAUUCUGAAGUAAUUAUGUAGAUUAACAUAAUUAUUAAAUUUUUACUGUAUGUACAAAAUAAUGUAAAAUAAACGGGUUUAUGUACCAUAUUGAAAUAAAUAUUUUAAACUACAGUACAAAA